AUGGACGUGCCUGAGCCCGACACAACACCCUUUGACGCUAUCACGGUACAGAGUAACAAGCUGCAGAGACAAUACCAAACCUACCUCGACAAGUCGACCCCAUACGUGACCUACCGAUGGUCUGCAACCGGCGCGCUCCUUGUCCUGUUCUUCCUGCGCAUCAUCAUCGCCCAGGGCUGGUACAUUGUCGCCUACUGCCUGGGCAUUUACCUGCUGAACUUGUUCCUCGCAUUCCUGCAACCUAAAUUCGACCCCAGUCUGUCCCAGGAUGAAGGAUUGGAGGACGGCGAGGGCUCCGGGCUUCCCACCAAGCAAGACGAUGAGUUCCGACCAUUCAUCAGAAGACUGCCCGAGUUCAAGUUCUGGCACGCCGCCACAAGAGCCGUGACAAUCUCUUUCCUCUGCAGCUGGUUCGAAAUUUUCAACCUGCCGGUCUUUUGGCCCGUGUUGGUCAUGUACUGGCUAAUCCUGUUUUUAUUGACGAUGAGACGACAAAUUCAGCAUAUGAUCAAAUACCGAUACGUCCCAUUUUCUUUUGGCAAGGCCAAAUAUUCUGGCAAGUGA